GUUUGUGACUUGUGUGCAACUGAUGAUUUUCCUUCUGGUCUCUUCGCACUCACACGAUUCUCUUUAGAGAGGCAGUGAGAUGUGACAGUGAAUCAGAGAGAUGAUGAUUCAAAGACACACCAAGUCCAAUUCAGUCGAACAUAAUGCGAGCUGGAUGGCACACAAAUGAUUUAAUCUGGGGAACUAUGAGCCAUAAAGUGUGACCUCUUCAUUGUGGCCUCAACAAAACUGGAGUCAGGAACGGCUGGUGGAGACGCGGUAACGGCAUAAUUGGAGGAGAAAUUUUCAGGAGCCCAUACUGUAGCACAUGUCUCAUCCGUCUUAUGGAUAUUCGGGUUUCCGUUCUAUGCCUGGUGCUUUGAACCUUGGACGAGCUCUGACCCGCCACUUGACCUUUGACCUCUGAGUGAAGUCUUCGGGAAGACACCAACUCCAGAUUGACAGGAUGUUCUGGAAGCUGGCAGUACCUGCCAUAUUGGCAUGGACCCUCUGCGUGACUACGGAAACCAAAAAGCCACGCCCACAGGGUUCCAUCCCAUCCCCCUACAAGCAAAAGGGCAACGAUGUGUCUUCGCCGUCCCUCACACUUUCAUCGUUGACCCAGCACACAUCGCCGCGACGGCAGAAGGGUAAGCACGAUGUGCUGUCGUCCAGUCGUGAAGCCCUGGUGGUCACCGAGCGAAAGUACCUGAAGAGCGACUGGUGCAAAACACAGCCGUUACGUCAAACUGUCAGUCUGGAGGGCUGUUUGAGCCGCACCAUCAUCAACCGCUUUUGCUACGGCCAGUGCAACUCUUUCUACAUCCCCCGUCACCUGACGUCUCAAACGUCGUCGCAACGAAGUCGAAAAAUGGCGCCCGUGCCUGACCACAACUCUUCAUUUCAGUCUUGCGCCUUCUGCCGGCCGAGCCGAAUAACAACGGUUACCGUACGGCUUCACUGUCCCGGCCUGCAGCCGCCGUACCGGCAACGAAAAGUACAGCGUAUUAAGCAAUGCAAAUGCGUGUCUGUCAACGUCAGCGCUGCACAUUGAGCGAGACGGCCAUGUGUAACACAAGUAUGUUGGACAAACUGAGUUCUGUUUUGACUGGGAAACGCAGCUAAAUGGGAACUGCACAGUGAGUCAAUUUGUGAGAUUUAUGCCAAAGACAACAGCUAAUCAGAGUCUGGCCACUUUUAAUAUGUCCGGACUGUAGGCCUACCGCAGAAUGCAAACCGGGAAUGCCGAAUUGCUGCCGAGCAGCGAAGAAAAGAAAGUUGGAUUAUUUUAUACAGAUUAUACACAAAGAACAUAUAAACAAAGCAGAUGAAUUGAAGUAUAAGAAUGAAACUUUCAAAUGUUUUUUAUUAUUAUAAAUGAACGUUUAUUAUAUUGACCUUUUAUUCUGUUGGUUUAGGCCUAUAUGUUUGACCUCUGUCCAACCUUGAAAGCCUGUCCCCACUGAGGGUGUAUCCCAGUAUUUCUGUAUUCUGCUUCAUCUCAGCAGAGCUGGUUUUAAAUUGGCCUUGAUACCUGAGUGCAGUAGAAAUGUUUAACUACCAUUUAUCUUGUCUUGCUUAUCCAGCCACUAUAUGUGAGUGCUGAUGAAGUACAGAAACAGACGAAUGGAUGGGUGACUGUGGACCUUAUCAACCGAAAGGGGGUUCACUAUAUUUUGACUAAGUGCAGACAGUUAACGGGGGCUUAACGUAAUUUUGACUUGCCUCUAAUAGAAAUGCUGGCAUUGGUUUAAUUUCAUCUGAUAUAAAGUUCUUUGAUGUAUUUUGACCAUUUAUGUACAGAGUUUCAUUUCUUGGGGUUUUAUGAUCAUUCAUAAUGUGCACAAUGUAAAAUAUUUACCUUAAAGUCUAUCAGACACAUGUAAUGACAAUAUUUAA